UUGUCGAUCAAUUUUCGAAGAAGAGGUUAACCCCAGUCCUGUCGUCAUCUCCAGUGGACUCGUCAAGUGGUUAAUCAAAGAAAAAAUCAUCCUGGGAAAAUGUCUGGACUCGUUGGAAAGGCAGCAACUCUCGCCAAGACUGCAGUGACAGUCGGCAAACCCCAGGUGGAAAACUUCUUGCGUUAUGCCAAGGUCGAGCUUACUCCACCGUCGGUAGGGGAUAUCCCAGCAAUUCGUGCAGGUUUUGGAAAAUUAAUUCACAGUGCGAAGACAGGUGCUUACAAAGACCUCACCGUCAAGGAGGCUUUCGUAAACACCCUUGUGGGUAUCGAGAUCUGGUGCUGGUUCUUCAUCGGAGAGUGCAUCGGCAAGAGGCAUCUCGUUGGUUACGAUGUUUAAGUUUUUUAUCCAUUAAUCAAAUCAUUGAAGUGUCAUAGACAAAUUAUAAAUGGGAAUUAAUUAGAUGUGAAGCUGAUACAUUCGUUCGAGCAAUAAAUAAUUGAGUUCAAUAUA